AUGGCUUCUCUCAACACCUCGACGAACGGCCCGUCUAUCUCAAAGAGCUAUCAGUCAAUUGUCAAUGCUCCUCCUCCAACCGGUGCCGCCGCAGCCUCCCCUACUUACGGACAAUGGGCCGUCUUCUCAGUCUCGGCUCCGCUCGCGAAUGCUUUUCAGCAGGACUCGGGCAAUAAAGAGAGCGUUUUGAAGGUACAAAGCACGGGAGAAGGCGAGCUUGUUGAUUUGAUUGACGAAUUCUCCGAUGGCCGCAUUCAAUUUGCUUUCGUCAAGGUCAAGGACUCCAACACAGGUCUCCCUAAAAGUGCCCUUAUCGCGUGGUGUGGUGAAGGUGUCCCUGAACGAACCAAAGGUUAUUUUACUAGCCACCUGACUACGGUCGCCAAAUUACUGCAUGGUUACCACGUCCAAAUCACGGCGAGAUCAGAUCGUGACCUCACUCCAGAGAGUAUCAUCCAGAAAGUCGCCGAUGCCUCAGGCUCGAAAUACUCUUCAAGCACCUCUGGUGCGGCAGCUCCCCCACCAGUUGCGGCAACAAAGCCGACCAUUGCCUCAAAACCUGUCUUCACGCCUACCCAGAGUACCGGGGUUUCAGCUGGCUAUAAUCCUGUAGCGCGCAAUCUGCCCAAGCGAGAUGCCGCUUUGGAUGAGGAUGGUUGGGGUGCGGACGCUCCUCCGGUCACGAGAACGCAGCUGGAAAAAGUAGCGCCAGCCUAUCAGCCUACAAAGGUCAACAUGAGAGACCUGACUUCACAAAGGCCUGCUCCGUCGCCCUUCACUAGCAGUCAAGGGGACGAUCGGCCUGAAGUGGUCAGAGGUGCAUACCAGCCCAUUGGGAAGGUUGACAUUGCGGCGAUCCGACGUCAGGCUAAAGAAUCAGGCAACUUGAAAGACGACAGGCCGGAACCCGUGAAGGGUGCGUAUGAGCCGAUCGGCAAGGUUGACAUCGCGGCCAUUCGUGCCAAAGCGCAGAAACCUGAAGACUCAACCGGCUUUUCGCGGCCGCCUCCUGUGUCGAGCCUGUCGACUGGACCUUCGGAAGAAUCAGAAAUACCCACUCGUUCACUGGCAGAGAGAUCAGCGGCCUUUUCGCAAGGGCCUGAACGUCUGACCUCUCUUCCAAAACCUAAAGUGGCCAACAAGUUUGGUGGUGGCUCAACUUUCACUGGGACCAAAGCACCCGUUCCCGGUGGUUUCGAGGCCAAACCUGUGGCACCAGCUGCUCCCGUGGGGACGGCGAGUAGAACAUUCGCAGAUCAAGGUGGGAAAACGCCAGCCCAGCUGUGGGCUGAGAAAAAGGCUCGUGAGAGAGGCAUGAGCGGCUCUGGUGAACCCCCAGUGUCGCCUUCUGGUUAUGGCGGACAGUCCCCGGUCGUCGCCCAGAAGAGCGGGGAUAGCGGCUGGAAAAGUGGCUAUACAGGCAAGACUUGGGCACCUGUGCAAACUACGCAUACUGGCCGCAGUAGCCUUGGUCAACAAGUGACGGGCGAGGAUAUGAAACCAGUCGAGGAAGAAGAGGCUCCAACCUCUGCAAUCGGGGGAAUCAGCUCGAUUCGAGAUCGCUUUAGUGGAGCGCCUCCCAUGGGAGCUCCAGCAUCGUUUGACCGAACACCACCCCCUGCUCCGGAACCUGAUACAAGCAGCAAACCCAACCGUGGCAUUCCGAUCCCAGGCUUUACCCCGUCGCAACCUAGGGAGGAAGAGGAAGAGUCUGCACCAGCGCUACCUCCACCGCCCGCUCAACCACGAAGUCCCACCCCCGACGAAGAGCCAGAGCUGCCUCGUGGCUCUCCUAUUCGGAUCGCCAUGCCAGUCAGCGCCUCAGCGGCGGUUACUGACGCGCACGAGGAGCAACUGUCCCCUCCACCCGUGCUGCCAGCAACCUCCAUGGCGCGGGCCAUUCCUCCACCCGUGGCGAGAGAAGAAGAUGAUGAACCAGCACGAGGUCCCGACAUGGGCAGAACAGCGGCAGUGGCUGCGGCAGCCACCACGCUAGGCGCCGAGGCUGUACAGUCUGCUCCAGCCCCCGAUCCUGCAGCUGGGGGUGAACGCGCUCGGGCCGAGUAUGACUACGAGGCAGCUGAAGAUAAUGAAGUAUCACUGCGUGAAGGUGAACUGGUGACGGACAUUCAACGCAUCGACCCAGACUGGUGGUUUGUCAAGAAUGAGGCAGGACAAACGGGCCUAGUACCAAGCAAUUAUCUCACACUCGUGGAUGACGAUGCUGGCGGUGCUCCUGCUGCUGCCCCUGCGGCAGAACCGAUUCCUCCUGCACCGGCUCCAGCAGCUGCUGAGGCUAAAGGGGUGACAGCGACCGCGCUCUACGACUACGAGGCUGGGGAGGACAACGAAUUGUCAUUCCCCGAGAACGCAAUCAUCAUGAACGUGUCGUUCCCUGACGAAGACUGGUGGCAAGGCGAGUACAACGGGCACACUGGACUUUUCCCUGCCAACUAUACCAAACUAAACGACUGA